CUGAGCCGCAGGAGGAGGGAGGAGGAGGAAGAAGAAGAGAGGCAGGCCUGCGCGCGAGCUGCUGCGCAUGUGAGGGGCGAAUGAGGGCUUGCUUUGCCAUUGCAACAAGCAAGGGACUUCCACGCCACUCCAGUCCCUCUUGCAUGGCUGGGCUGCUGGGGGCAAGAAGCGGGCGGCUCGUUGCAAAGGAGAAAACGCGCCUAGAGAGAGAUCCCGAUUCGAAGCAGAAUCUGGUUCGUUCCCGUGCAUUUGGUUGCUGCUGGUAGCUGAGGAUCGCCUCCUUCCUUCCUUCAGUCUCCUCCUUCCAUCCCGCUCUGCGCACCCCGGCUGCUCUUAGGGACUUAUUGCAUAAGUCUUCGUAACUUCUUGCUAGAGGGAGAGCAAAUUGCCGGCUGCUUUGCUCGCGCCUUAUAGCUUUCUGCUCGUCCUUUUCGAUCAGAGAUGGCCUGUGCUGCUGCUGCUGCUGCUGUCCCAUCGUGAUCUCAGCCCUGCCUCUGCUCUGCUGCACACACAUUGGUCUCUAGAAAGAGGCCCCAUUGAUCGCAAGGAGGAGGCGUCUCCCGGGUUGGUGGUGUGCGCAGAGGGGUCCUCUCAGCCAGCUGCAUCUCUUGUCUGUAUAGGAUCCCCUGUUGCUAAGGGGAGUUCCGCAGGCUUCUUUGCUGAGGACAGCCAAGCCAACAGCGUCCCACCUUUUGCCUAAGGGAAAUGAGAAUGCCCAUGAGUUGCCCUUCAGUGGCUGCUUAAGGGACCAGGCUCCCUGCACGUGGCAACAACACUGGAGAACUGAGCUGUGAGCCUGAGCAUGGAUGGAGGACACAUUUGCAAGAGGGGCUGGGGCGAAAGUGAAGCCAUCCGAAACAUACCACGUGUUUUGUCUUGAAGACUGAGGAGGAGGUAGGGAGCUUGUUUGGGGAGUUAGGCAACAGCACAAGGAAGCAUCCCAUAAUAAUAUCAAAUUGGUGGUAGACCGAUUCUCCAUGCACAGCUUACCACUGCAGAAAAGGAGAGUGUCCAUUGUGCAACUGUCUAGAAGAGGGCGGCACACAGAGGAAACCCCCUCGGUUUUGCAAAAUUCCCCGGGAUUCCCUGCUGAUCUGUGGAGGAAAGUGUGAGCCUUCUGCUUUCUUCUAUGACUAGGACUGCAUUUUCAUUGAAACUUGGCACAGAAAACUGCUGUAAAAUGUGCCCAGAAAUGCUGCAGAGUUGGCAUUCCCAGAGUGGUCUGUUCUCCUUGCAUCAACUUUGAACGGCCAAAGUCAUGUCAUCGCUGCAAACUGAUGGAUGGACUCGCCCUUUCACCCUCCUCCUGCUCUUGUGCGCUUCUUGUGUGUCUGCAGCAAGCAGUGCAGAAGAUGCGUUUCUGGAGCUAGACGCCCAGGAGUAUUUCAGCAGCUUGCAAGCAUCUCAAGCAUCUUUGGUUUAUUUUAGGAGAGACUUUUCUCCAUCUUCUGAGGUGUUUCUGGAGCAGCUGGAGCACUCCGUAGAAGGUCUCCGAGAUUAUGGGAUUUCAGUCUUAAAGGUGAAUUGCCAGAGAGGAGAAGCAUCAAGUUACUGCAAAGAAGACAGUUCACUGGGGAAAGCAUACCUGUUCAGGGGCCGCGUACUGCUUCGUGAGCUCCCCACGGACGCCUUGUUCAGCGUGGACGCCAUUGUUGCCAAUGUCCUUUUUGCCCUCCUCUUUCAUGAAGUGAAAUAUAUUAAGACACUGGAGGACCUUCAGAAUCUGGAAGACACUCUGAAGGGUCAGUCAGACCUGGUUUUUGCCUAUGUGCAGGCUGUGGGAACUGCAGAGCACAGAGUGUUCAUGGAAGCUGCUUUUGUUUAUGGCUCUCUGAAGUUUGCUUUGACCACUGAAGUGGCGGUUCUGAGGAGCAUUUGCAAUGAAGAGUCAGAUGUGCCUUCUUCCAAACUCUUCUUCUGCCACUCUAAGGGGGCUGCGGAUCCGGCCCAGCCGUGCCGAAGGACCUUGAUGGAGCAGCCGCUGACCACGCUGAGCGUCCAUCGGUUUCUGAAGCUAAUGGCUGAGCCCCUUGUGGUGGAGGUUGCAGAAGAUCCAGAAACCGUUUCAACCCCUCACUUCCAGCUGGGCCUUCCGUUGAUCUUCAUUCUGACUCGGAAAGAGACCCUUGAAGCAGAUAAGAGGGUUGCAGAGUUUGUAGCCUGGCGGCUGUUGGGGAAAGCUGGAGUGGUCCUGUUGGCAAGGAGUUCCGUGGGUCUGGACAUUCCCUUACGGUCUAACGUAGCCUUCAAGACAACAGAGGAGGGUGUGCCUGUUCAAUACCUGGCUUUGAAAGACAUGGAUGAAAUCGUAGCCCUGGUGGAAAAGGGUAAACAGAGUGACCCUACUGGGGGUUAUGAGGAGGAGCAGGAGCAGGAGGAAGAGGAAGAUGACGAGAGCUAUGAACAAGAGUUUCAGGAUGAUCAGGUGGUGGAAUCCGUCAUCAGGGAUAGAAAGCGGGAACUGCCCCUGGAACACAUCCAGACCCUGUCCGAAGAAUCCUUCCGCCCGGCGCUGGCAAAGGCCAACCACACGGUGGUGCUGUUCUAUGCCAGCUGGGAAGCCGUCUCCCAGGUCGUGAUGCAGUCUUACGUCGAGGUAGCUGCCCGUUUGAAAGGGACUCCUGAGGUUUCGCUUGGGAGAGUCAACUGUUGGGACUGGCCACAGCUCUGCACCCGGCACAACGUCACUCAGUUCCCUGCCAUCAGGAUGUAUCGGAGAGGAGGGAGGUGGUCAGCCUACGCGGGGAUGUGGGGGGUUGAGGAGCUGCUGAGGUUCAUCGCACUAAGCAAGGCCUCCUGCCCGCUGAGACUGACGACACCUGAAGAAGUGGAAGAAUAUUUCAGUGGCAAAGCCUCCCCAUCACACCAUGUCUCCGUUCUGGGAAUCUUUGACUCCAGCAUGAGGGAAGAGAGAGACGCUUUUGCUGAAGCCGGAAGUGUCCUAAGCGGAGAGGCGAAGACGGGGAUCUACAGUGAAGACGAUGCUGCAGCCCUUGCCCGUAAAUAUAACGUGCCUCUCCCAGCACUGUUGCUAGCUAGGCCUGAAAGUCAGAGGAGGCGGAGUGCCCACCUCUCAAAGUGGAGCGUGCAGGACAUCGUUGAAGUCAUCCGCCGUGCGUCACUGGAAAUUUUUCCGGAAAUCACAGUGGGAAAUCUACCUGGAUAUUUGCAGCUGGAGAAACCGUUGCUUGUUUUGUUCAGCAAUGGGGCUCUGAGCAAAAGGGACGAAGGAGAAAUGCGGCUUUUGGCCAAAGACGAGCACCAUGAAACCUUCAUUGCCUGCUGGCUGAACCUCAAAAAUACUCCUGUAGGCAGAGGAAUCCUGAAGGCCUAUUUCGGAAGUCCUCUUCCUCCUUUGCCUCUUCUCGUCUGGGUCAGCCGGCAUUUCGAGGGCCAAGUGUUUGUGUUUCCUUCAGAUCAACCCAUUACUGAAGCAAACCUCCGAGCUUGGAUCAAGAAUCUGAAAUCCGGCCUCGAAGUUCCAAGCACAACCUUGUCUGUCGAAGACUGGAAGCCCCACCUUCCUGCCUAUGACUUCCUAAGCCUGAUGGAGCCCACCUUACCCGAAUUUACCAUUUACAGUCAGGAGAGUGUGAGCGCCCACCAGGAGGAGAUGGAGGUCCUUGGGGGAAAGAAGGCAACAGCGAUGAGAGAGGAACCCGCGGGAAGCUCUUUUGUGGCGGAACAGGAAAAAAAGCAACCCACGGGGGGUGACUUGCGAGGGACGGUCCCACGCCUGGCAGCGAGGGAGAAGCAAGCCAAGCGUCACGCGGAGUUAUGAGGCUCCUGUUUGCAGCUGAGUUGAGGAUGCUUCUGGAAGCAGGAGGCAGGCGGCACCCCAAGGGAGCGAGAUGGAAGCUCCCCUCUGCCUGCCCACUAGCGGAGACUGUAUAUGUGGAGUUAAUUUUGGGCAAAAGGCAGAGACUCCCAUUUCAUAGACAUGCUUUGAGAGACUGGAAGGGGCUCUAAAGCUACCAAGAUUGUGAGACCAAAUGGAUAAGAAAGGAGUGGCUUGCUUUAAUUCACUGGAGGCUAUACCCUAAGACAGGGCUUCUCAACCUUGGCUCCCCAGGUGUUGUUGGACUACAACUCCCAUCACCCCCUGCCACAGUGGCCUUUGGCCACUGUCUCACCAGGCUGCCUCCCAGCUAGUGGCAAGCAACUUACCUCUGCUUCGUGUCAAAUGACGGUAAAAAUAAGCAAGCUCCUUUCCAAAAAGCUGGAAGUAGCUCAGCUUAUUUUCUGAGCCAUCCAGCUUCAGAAGUUGCCUGCCCCUUUCCUGACCCCUCCAGCUUCCCCAGUCUCCCCUUCCCUUAAACCAUCUUUGGCAGUAGUGGCAGAGGGAGAGGGAAAGAGGGACUUCUGAUCACUUGUCCUACGCCGGGGGUUCCCAACCUGUGGUGCUCCAGAGAUUGCUGAACUACAACUCCCAUCAUCCCCGACUACAAUUUACUGUGGCCUGGCAUGUGGGAGUUGUAGUUCAGCAACUUCUGGAGUACCCCAGGUUGGGAACCCCUGUCCUAUGCAAUGCUUGCGUGACAGGAAGAAAGACCUCAAAGGCCCUUGGGACCCAUAGUUAGAAGUUGUUCAUUCUUACUGUACUUGGAGAACCAUAAGUCUCAUUUAAAGGGAAGAUGGGAGGAGGUUUUCAGGAACAUGAUAGACAUAAUAGAGAUCUAUGAAAUCAUGCAUGGUGUGGAGAAGGUUGAUAGAGAGACAUUUAUCUCUCUCUCUUUCUCUCUCUCUUGCUCGCAUAACAUUAGAACCAGCGGUUAUCCCAUGAAACUGAUUGCCAAGAAAUUUAGGACCGACUAAAGGAAGUACUUUUUCACACAAUGUAUAAUCAACCUCUGGAAUUCUCUGCCACAAGAUGUGGUGACAGCCAACAGCCUGGAUGGCUUUUAGAGGGGCUUAGAUAAAUUCAUGGAGGGCAGGUCUAUCAAUGGCUACUAGUCUGGUGGAUAUCGGCCACUUCCAGCCUCAGAGGCAAGAUGCCCCUCAAUACCAGUUGCGGGGGAGUAACAGCAGGAGAGAGGGCAUGCCCUCAACUCCUGCCUGUGGCCUUCUCAGAGGCAUCUGGUGGGCCACUGUUGGAAACAGGUUGAGAUGGGCCUUGGGCCUGAUCCAGCUGGGCUCUUCUUAUGAACUGUUGCUGUUUUGUUUUGCUGUUUUAGUUUUGCUGUUUCCAUCAAGAUUAUUGCUUUUUAAUUUAAUUUAAAUUCUAUCUUAUUGUACUUUGAUAUAAUUUGUUUUUAUAUAGGUAUUUGUGAGUGUACACACACACACACACACACACACUUUUUACAGUUUGCAAGCAUAUGAAUGUCUUUUCUCUCUGUGACCCUAGUCUUUUUCUAGCUUUAUGAAAUAUCAUUCCCCAGGUAUCUCAGUGGGAGAAUUUUCUAGAUUUUCCAAGACAUUAAUAAUUUUUUCCAGGAUUUGGGAUUUUUUUUGGUAGUCUAGGCAAGGUAUGGAACUUGCCCGCAAAAAAAAAAGAAAGAAGGAAGGAAAGAAAGAAAAAGUGGGGGUGGGGUUUUGUCUGGGAGUUUCAUGCAGGUCAGUCAUGGCGGCCCAAACAGUUUCAUAUUAUAGGUGUGUGUAUAAGUAAUAGUUAAUUGAAUGUUUUUCCCAUAACAAAAAUGAUAUACAAAAAGAAAAGAACAUAAGACCACAAUUUUUCUACCCUUAAUCUUUUCCUGUGACCUCCUCCCUCCUCACCACCCCCACACAAAAUAAAGUAAAAAAUGAGAACAAUU